AUGUAUCCCAACCAAAGUAAAUGUGUCUUCUUGGGAUCCCGUACCCAAAGUGAUGUAGCGAGCACAAACACGACAAGCACUAACACGGGUUCCAUUCACGAACGAGUCGAGAAAACGAAUAUUUUUCCACUCGACGACGAAGAACUCGACAGCGUCGAAGAGUUGCUGCGUUUGCUCGCCUUUCUCGACAGACCAUCCUUGCGAGCGUUUCUCGAGUCGAAGAACCGAUCGAUAACUUGUCGUAUCGUCGAGUGUUUUCUAUCGAACGGGUUGGGAAACAUGACUCUUGCACAUGUGGACUGCGCCGCGGGUCUCUAG